CUAUAGUGGAAGUAUGUUUUCAUGCUUGAAUAGAGAGUUGGGGUUCUAAGGUAUAUUUCAAAACGGGCCUUUGAAUUGCAUGACUCCGGGCCGUGUGGAGAGUUGACAAUCCUCCAUAUCGUGGUUAAGGAAAUGAAUCGACUCGGUCUUUGAUUGUUUUUCCUAUUCUUAAGUGCCUUGUGUUUAUGCGCUUAAGAAGUGGUAAAAUAACUGGUGAAGAAAGAGAAAGUGAAACAGGUAGUAAUAGCGACCAGGUAAGUGAAGCCGAACCUUCUUUUAAUUUGGAUAAUCUUGUGGAACUGUUUGGGUCUGCUCUUACCAUAUCUGAAAUUACACCUGUGAGUGUAUGCGUGCAAAACAUAAGUGAAUCUGAUUUUAAAGAAUCAACCGUUUAUAAUCAAGCUAGUUCUAAGAUGGCAGCCCCUAACCGUACUCUUAGAGAAUUAGCUGCACCUGACUUGACCAUUCAACCUAUUUCCAUUACUUAUGGACUUUUGCCUACCGAGAGGGGCAUUGUUGAUGCCGCUAGCGGUGGUGCAUUAGUGAACAAAACCCCCGCUCAAGCGAGGGAGCUUUUUAAUACUAUUGCCCAAAAUACUCAACAAUUUGGAACUCGAGAUACCGUCGUGAGGCCGGUUAGCGAGAUAGGGGGUAGUAAGGGUAAACCUUGUGGAGUGUGUUGCUUGGAAGGACAUCCUACUGAUGCGUGUCCAACACUCCAAAAUCCUGAAGUCAAUGCUUUGUUUUUCAAUAAUAACAACCAAAAGAAACCUUUUAUGAAAACUGCUAGAGCUAAGAUUGAUGUUUAUGAUGGGGUUUUGUCACUGGAAUUUGAUGGUGAAAAGAUUGAAUUUAACUUAUCCUCUGCGAUGAAAAGUCCCAUUGAAAAUAAUCAACUUUGUUCUAUGGAUGUGAUUGAUGAUUGUGCUCAAGCUGUUUUUAACUUGUCUAGUGAUGAUGUGCUUGAUUCUGUGUUGUGCAAUAGCCUGGACAGGGUAGAACUUGAAUGCUUAGAGUACAGUUUGUCUAGUGAAGUUUUGAACUUAGUUGAAUACCUUGCUGAUUUCGAGGAGCUAGAGAACCUUAGCCAACCUGUGUUUAGGGCUGAGUUACUUGAGAACAGACCUAAGCUAGCUCCAUCCUUAGUCUCUCCACCUAAACUUGAUCUUAAAGACCUGCCCGACGACCUUAAGUUACCAAGACUUUUCCUCGUUAUAUGCCUAAGUCCCUACGUGAAAAAAUUCUGUCUCAAGAUAGAUUUUACAUAUGGGAUGACCCUUAUCUUUGGAGAAUAUGCUCUGACCAGAUUAUUAGACGAUGCGUAGAUGACUCUGAGAUUCCUUCUAUUCUGAAUUUUUGCCACUCCUUAGAGAGUGGUGGACAUUUUGGACCAUAUAGGACAGCCCAUAAAGCAAUGGAAUCUGG